GCACCUCAUUAUUUAUUAUGCAACGAUAGAUGAGAAACUAAUAAAUUGGUAUAGUCACCAAAGUUGCCAUAGCUGUGCACACUAUAUUAUUAUUAUUAUUAGUUGUGUCAGCUUGCUUGAGAUUGAAUCAAGAUUUCUUAAUUUCUAUUUUACUAGCUCAAGCAGUUUGGCAAUAAUUGGUAAUAGAGACACUUCAUCUUAGAUUGAAUAGAUUUAAUUACUUAGAAGAAUAAGAAUAAAUUAGAAAGAGAUUUGGGCUUUCAACCUAAAAAAGCAAAGACUCUUCUUUGUGGUAGUAUUUUUAACAUUCUCUAGGUAUUAUAAAAGAUAACUUAUACUACCAUCAAUUGUCUUGGCUCUUUUUUUAUUUACAGAAUAGUCAUAUGAGGAUUUAUAAUAUUGUUUUAUUUCUGUCCAUGGACUUCUAUAAAUUUACCAAGGUUCUAUCAUUCUUAUAGUUGGAAUCAGAUAACAUAUUGAAUAGAAUGAUGACUACAAUACUGAUUUAGAAAGUGAGGGAUUGAUAAUGAAAAGCAAUAUGAUGUUGAGAAGAUCAGAAGUCAAAACAUAAAAGUGGAAGAAUUUUGUAAAUCUAAUAAAGAAGUUUUAUGUCAAAGCCAUAGCAAUAUAUUUCUGCAUAAGCGUGUUUUAUGAAUUCUAUGCCAUCUUUCUUAAUUUACCACCUUUCGAUUUACUCUCAUUUAUUUGUAGUUCUUAUCAAACCCAAGUUCCAAUCUAUGCCUUAAUUAUUUGUUAACUGCACAUUCUUUUCGUGAUACUAUAUACUGGAAAUGCCAUCAUUCAAAAGAAAGCGAAUAGAGUCAAAAGGCUCUAUGAGCAUGUAACAAAGGAAUAGGAAAAGCUUUUUGUUGAGGGAGGUAAAUACUUAAGUGAAAUGAUCUAUUUAUCGCUUACUAUUAUUAUAUUUUUAUAUUAUAAUAGUAUGUCAGGAAAACUUGUAACUAAAUUAAUCGAUAUGAAAGUCAAUUAGUUUGGUUUGA